CUCCCACUUCCGCUUUUGUCGUAAUCGUGACUUGUGCAGCGUAUGGUGAAAUAUAGGCGUGCAGUUGUUUAGUCGUCGAUAAUGUUACAUAGUGAGCAGUGUUAAAAUUGGGAAACACGUUAACAAAUCGUCGGAAGAUAAUAACGAAACAACGUAUUGCAGGACUAGGUUGCUUGCAGUACUGAAUCAAAAUGGAAUCAAUGGAUGCGCGUCUUGUGGCGCAAGCAUUGAACUACCAUGGUCAACAGUUGCAGAAAGUGUGGGAGGGAGAACGCAACGAGAACGAGCUGGCCAUGCUUAAUCUCAAGGAACCAAAUUUUGAAAUCUACCAACAACGUCAAAAAACUCUGAGUUUUGGUGAUAGAGGAAAAAGGCUAAAGCUACAGCAGUUCCUUGCAAAAAAGGCAGAUGCUCUUUAUGAUAAAUCAAAUUUGGAGAAAACAGUUGAACCUAUUAAGCAAGAAUUAGGAGAUGAAGAAUUUUAUGCAACAAUGCCAGGGCUUGAUACUUUUGUCACCAUGGAAAAAUCUCAACGUAUUCGGAAUUUUUUGGAGAGUUUGGUCAUUGGAGAUGUUAUUUACGCGCAAGUGAUGGGUAAAAGUGCUGCUGGGCUUCUUCUGAAGGUGCUUUGCAACUGCAGCGAUUGCCCCAGAGUUGUUACUGAUCUAGGAGUUAAGGCUCUAAUAUUGAACACGGCCACAGUGCCGGCGGUGGACAAGAAAGGUGUAACAAGAGGCUACAUGGCAAAUGACCUCAUCUGCGUCGUAGUCAGUGAAGUUAACGUUGAAGCCGAGCGAGUUGUUGCAGUUAUGAACGUACCUGCCCGAGAAGGGCAAGCACCACACCCACCUAUGGGACUUAUCCAUUCUGAUGAUCUUCCAGAAGCUUAUAAGAAAGCAAUGGACAACAAAGGACAGUCUUACGAAGCGAUGUUGGAGAAUAGUACUGGCUUCAACAACCCAAACAACAUUAAAUAUCUUUGCGACUUGAUGGGUCUCGGUCAAGAAAACCACUCUAAUAUGGUUGGUUUGAGAGAAAGAUUCCCACCCAAUGAAUAUGCAUCCGAAUUGAGGCAAGCGCAGGCUAGUAAGUGGGCAUUCCGAAGCGUGGCCGAAGGUAUAGAUCAUUUCAAGGCUGGACGUCACACAGAAGCCUUCCAGUGUCUCAAUAAGGCACUUACCGUAGACCCGCGAAACGUCGAAGGUUUAGUGGCACGUGGAGCAUUAUUUGCUAAUAGCGGCAGUUUCAAGAAAGCGAUCGAUGAUUUUGAGACAGCGUUGAAGUUGAAUCAAACUCAUACGAACGCUCGUAAAUACAUGGCUGAGACUCUGGUUGCUCUAGGUCGAAGUUAUGAAGAUGAAAAGAAGUACGAGGAAGCCCAAAAGGCGUACGAAAAUUGUUUGGCGAUUGCUCCAUUCCACGAGGAAGCAAGAAACUCUAUCGAGUAUAUCAAGUCUAAGACGUUAACAUCUUCUUUGAAUCCUUUGGAUACAUUCAAGAGUUUCGAAACUGAGAAUGAUGUCGGCGAAAACAAGAAAGAAAAGAAGAAACGCAAGAAGGAAAGAAAAUCGCGUUCGAAGAAGAGACAAAGAUGGAGUUCGAGUUCCAGUUCAUCAUCGAGUGGAUCUUCGACUUCCAGUUCUUCUGAAUCCAGCAGCUCUUCUUCAUCCGCAAGUUCACGAUCAGCAUCCCGAUCGCCUAGUCGCAAGCGGAAACAUAAAAAAGAUCAUCGCGGUUCGCUUUCACCUCUCAGCAAGCGAAUGGCCCAAUACAACAAUCCACCAGCUGCUACCACAGCUGCACACGACGUAAUCGCUCCAGUGUCUUACAGCUCCAACACUCGCGACAAGAUGGAUGAUUACGAGAUUAAAGUACGGAAAUUUCUAGAACAGACUAAAGACGACUCCGAUUAUGAAGAUAAAGUUAGAAAAUUCUUGGAAGAAACGGCUAGGUGGAAGAGGGAAAGGGAAAAGGAAAAAAAACAUUCAGAGAGUGAGAAAAUGAAGAAGAAGAAGAAAAAAGAAAAGAAAGGAAAAGACAAAGAGAAAGAGGAUAAGAAAAGUAGGAAGAAGAAGAAGAAAGAAGAGCGAAAGAAACGCAAAAAUAAGGACAAGCUUGAACGUGAUUUAGAAGCCUUAAAAAAGUCUUCGUUGCCGGAUUUAGAACAAUUGGAAUCAAAACUGAAUGCGUAUUAUGCAAAAGUUGAAAAAGAGACUGCUGUCUUGAAAAGGUAUGUAGCUCAGUAUAAUGACAUAGCUUCCCCUCUUAGCAACGCGGAGAAGCUCGCUGAAAGUUCACGAAGGGAGGAAGAGCUGCGCAGAGAGAGGGAGAGGGAGAGAGAUGAAGCUUCAAAGGCGUAUCACGAACGGGAAGCUAGAGUACCAAUGACCGCACAGCAACGUAAAGAGAUUCAAAGGAAACCACUGACAGACAUAUUUGAACAAGAAUCGCAACUGAUUCAUCCUGAACCGAAGUUACCUACUCUCGACACAGCUGCAUUAAAUGCGAAAUGGAAAGCUGCACAAGCUGCUAGACAAAAGGAUGUUCUCCCACAAAAAUGGCAAGAUGUACCGCCAGAGAACAAAAAGAUGCAAUCCAAUGUAGAUAGCGACGAGGACGAUGAUAACGAGCUCGAAGAGAAAUUGCAACGUGCGGCGUUGGAAAAAUCCAUGAACAUACGCAAGCAAAUGCAGCGUGAACUCGCAGAGAAGAGAGCAGCGGCCGCUCAGCCUAUGUCCGCGCCGACUCCACCGCCAUUGCCCAAAGAACCUCCGAUGCCAAAACAGGCACCGGUAAAAUAUCCCACACCACAACCGCAGAACAAAUUCCAGUCAUACAAGGAUCCUUCUAUAUCUGCACCGCAAACAACACCGACAAAGUUCAGUUCAAAUAACAACCUUGGUGGCAAGUUUCAGCCGAUUGGACAGAGCGGUAACAGUGGUGCUGGUCAUCCACCAGAACCACCGCGUCCUCCUCCACCAGCGAAAAACCAAAAUCAGGCCAAAGGACCCAGAACAGAUUCUGACAGCGAGACAGAAAGACAACAUAGACAGACGCCUAAGAAACGCGAGUCAUCGGGCAGAGGAGGAGCUGUAACGAAACGAAUGAGCAGAGACCGGCCGGCGAAACGUUCGCGCAGUAGAUCGCGCAGUGCCUCCAGCUCAGGUUCUUCGAGGUCUCGUUCACCAAGAAGAAGUCGUUCAAGAUCCUACUCAAACCGCAGAUCCGGAAGUUACGAGAGAAAAUACAGCCGGUCACCAUCAGGCACUUACAGUAGAUCACGUUCCAGAUCGCGUUCUCGAUCUUAUACCAGGAGUCGUAGCCGCAGCAGGUCCGGUGAUAGGAGUUACUAUCGCAAGAGACAAUUUCGGCCGUAUAACAACCGCGGCACCUACUACAAGCCCCGUUUCCAGGGCUUCAAUAAUCCGAACCAUCGUGGCGGUGGUAACAAUUUCCAAAAUCGUAACCGGUUCUAUAAUAAUCAGCAUAACAAUCGCUUUGGCAAUAGACGUGGCGGUGGCUUCAAUAAUCGUGGUGGUGGACGCGGACGUGGUGGUAAUCGUGGCGGUCGAUUUUUCCACGGUAAGCAGGGCUUCCGCGACUUCCGAGAUAGGCGAGACUUCAGAGAUCGUCGUGCCGCUUCCCGCGAUAGAUACAGCGAUCGUAGUUACUCACCCGACCCGAUGAGAAAGGUCGACGAAGCAAAGGAAAAGAUCAACAAGAUGCUCGAGGGCGGGGACGACGUGAUGGAGCAUCAGCAGGGUGGCGGAGGAUCGAACGUUCCUCCGAGUAAAAGACAAGAUGGGCCUUUGAGCGAAGGUGAAGAAAGGGACGACGAUGACUACGAGAGGUGGGGAGAGGGCGAGGGGGGCGACACAGCUAAUAAGGUUGGUUAGGUCUCUUCUGUGUAGGCUUUCGCGAAAGAAUAGCCUAUCUUCGUGAUGACGAUCUUGAUAAUCCGGAUGAUGAUAAUAUGGAAUAAAUAAUGAGGAUAAUGAUGAUGAUGAUGAUGAUGAUGAUAAUGAUGAUGAUGAUGAUGGUGAUGAUGGUGAUGAGCCACACGUGCAAGAAACACGCGACCUAGGAGCCAACUAACUCUCAUUUGUUGUUAGAAUGAGGUCGGACCUGUCGACGAUAACCUGGAAGGCAAGGAGUACUUCAUUGAGCGCAUGAAGCAGCGAAGCAAGAAUGUUUUAAUGCAGAGAACCCUUGCUGCUAAGGUUUGGUAGAAACCCCUGUUGCCGUUGCUGCUUCUUCGAUUCUUCUCCUUCAUCUGUGAUAUAGUUACGUCUCCUCAACGUUAAACAUCGACCGGAUCACGUGAGACAUAGACUUCUUACUAUGGUAUUCUUAUACCCAACGCUCUCGGUAUAUUUAAAGCAGAAAGUGUAGAGGGGAUGUAUCGUAAGGGAAAGCACAUAACACAGCUGGUCAUGACGAUUGCGAGAAAUGUACUUUUUUUUCCUUAUGAUACUCUUAUUUCUAUCAGAGAAUUAGCAGUGAACGCGUAAAAUACAAAGUAGUAAUUAUAUUAUCAUAAAGAGUUGUGAUCGAUUAGCACAAUCGAUCAUGAAUAUUUAGAGAGUAAAUAAUAUACACAUAAACGUGCGUUUCUCGCUAAUUCAGUAACACAUUUAUAUCGCGAAUUUAAGAAAUAUUCACAAGUUUAUGGCGCUCUCCCCUCCAUCUUUUCUUUUUUUUAAUCGCUAACAAAAAAAUUUUUAAACAUCUUUUGACAUUAGUACUUAUUUUUGUCUCGUAAUAUUUUUUCCCAUUGCAACAAAACUGUUGUUCAUAAGUAUUAAGGAAGAAAUUUAAAAAAAAAAAAAAAAAAUGAAGCUUCUGUUGUAUUUUCGAAGGGAAGUAUUUGGUCGCUGUAUCUGAAUGUAUGCGAGUGGCUUCUCAUUAUCAUUCAUUGUCAUGAUUGAAGAAUCUUCAGAAAAAAUAAAAAAAAAAUAAAAAAAAAAAGGAAACGAGAAACGAUGAUUCACCUCCGGUCCGAAAUGUUUCUCCGUAUUGAUUUAUCGCAACUUUCGAGAUAAUUGUACCUCACGUUUUAAACUUUCUGCGUUCGAUGAAAAGAAAAAGCUGUAAUCAUUUCACGGAUAUCGUCGAUUUUCUGAUGAAAAACCGUUGAAUUGCGAAUCGCCAACGCGAAGAAGAGACUCUCUCUUAGUAAGGAACAUAGUUUUUUCCCCUCACGUCGAAGCAUCCUUGAAUUAAUAUUAUUCAUGAUUGCUUUAUUUCGGAACACACGUUAUCACAGGCCCUCUCUUUAUUACA